AUCGGUUUCGUCUGUGAAAAUUCCUAGCAAUAAUUCAGCCAAUCUUUAAACAAUAUCCGGAUCAAUAUCUCAACUGCUGCAAAUGAGGCAAAAAACGAACGAAAUGAUCCCACAGCUGGUUGGUUGACCGGGUGAUAUUACUGUGAAAUACGUUUAUGUGCGGAACAAUUGUUUCUGUUGCAUCAAACCGUUCAUUGAGCAUCACAAAGCGACAAACACGUUCUAUUAAAUAUGACAUUCGAAGAGCAAUUGAUAGCAAAAGUUCGCGCAAACGAGGUACUGUACAACGUGAAGAAUGUAAAUUACCGACGAAAAAACGACAAGGAACGACUAUGGCAGCAAAUAGCAUACGAAUUGAACUGCUCAGUGGAAGUAUGCAAACGACGAUGGAAAAGUUUGCGGGACAAAUUCAUUAAACUGAGCCGAGUUGAACAAUCGGCCCGUGGGACCUCCGAUGAAGAGCAACCGAAGAAAUGGCGAUACUUCGACAGCUUGACGUUUCUCCAAGGAUACAACAAAGCAUCACUAUCCUCUGCAAACUUCCUUGACGGCAUGUACCUCGGCGAAGAACGUUAUGUGGAUAUCAAAUGUGAACAUCCAAUUUCGCGACAGUUCGUGCGUGAUGAUGCCCCGGUAACUGUGGCCGUAGAAUGUGGCUCCGGAAUCACUAACACCGAACGAUACACGGCUACGGACGCUCGUAACGGCACUACGGUGACGCUUGACCUUCCAACUGGCACCGGCACCAGCAGCCGGAAACGUCACCUAGAUCUCAUCGAGUCGGAAUGCGUUAAAAUCAUAAAAACCGCGGCCGAAGCGAUCCAGCUAGAGGCCAACUGCGGGAUCCGUCGAAGCAGCACCCAACUGCUGUUUGAAGCGCUUGCACAACGAAUCGACGAAGCAAAUCUACCGGCUAGUCGCCUCAACGCGCUUCAAACGGCGGUGACUAACCUGGUUUACUCGUCCUUAUGAACUGCGGCCGGCCGGGGAUUUUUUACGUACUCUAAGAGCAAGCGGGUUUAUUUUAAGGAGUAAGCUCUGCUCGCAAUACAAGACGUAGCUGCAAUACGAAGAAAGAACGCGCUUUCGAGGACCGUACAGCUGUUGUGUCGCUUUCUUUCAGCAAUAAGCAAUGGAAACGCUCUCUCUGGCAAUGCUUAAGCCCGCGUUCGUGGCGAAUUCGUUAUAGAAUAAUGGAUUUUAGUUGGAUACGUUAUCGAUUAGUAGCCUUGCACAAGCACCUGUGCAUCGCAUUAGAAUGCUUACCCCGUACGGGUUCGUUAUCUACGAGCCGGAAAAUGUGUCGCAUAUGCUUCCGUACGUAUGUAAUUACAGUUUCGUAAUUUUUUUUCCGUACAAAUUUCUUUCGUCCAGUCCUCGUACGCAGAAACUGCAACAAAACUCAACAAUAAAACGUAUGUUACGUG